CCUAGCGGAGGUUCCAGCUGCCUGCUUGGGCUGGCUGGUGGGGUCUUCCUCCGGGACCCGCCAGGGAGGCGGGGGAGCGGCCCCGACUGCGGGGCCAUGGCAGUUGCCUCCUCCUUCUCUGCCGCUGCUAGUGCCCCCGAAUCGCCGGCUUCUGCGCGAGGUGCCCCGACCGCCUCUGCUGGCUAAGGAGCCGCUGCCGCCACCGAGCUGUGAGGGCUACUAUGCUCCCUCCUUGCCGCCGCCUUCCCGUCCCGCCCGCGCCGGCACCCCUCUGGCUGCUCAGUCCCGCCUCAGUGUCAAACCAGAAGAGAAGCAAAAUUCAACAAAAAUUUAUUAUGUCUGGAGUUUCUUUUUAAAAGAAGAAAGAAAGUGAUUAUUGAGACUAUGGAUCGGAGCAAACGGAAUUCAAUUGCAGGAUUUCCUCCACGCGUGGAACGUCUUGAAGAGUUUGAAGGAGGUGGAGGAGGGGAUGGAAACAUGACCCAGAUGGGAAGAGUUUGGCCAUCUUCAUACCGAGCUCUUAUAGGUGCGUUCUCCAGACUGACGCGUUUGGAUGAUUUUACCUGUGAAAAAAUAGGAUCUGGCUUCUUCUCUGAAGUUUUCAAGGUGCGCCACCGAGCUUCGGGUCAGGUGAUGGCUCUUAAGAUGAAUACCUUGAGCAGUAACCGAGCAAAUAUGCUGAAAGAAGUACAGCUCAUGAAUAGACUCUCUCAUCCCAACAUCCUUAGGUUCAUGGGUGUAUGUGUUCAUCAAGGACAGUUGCAUGCACUUACAGAGUAUAUCAACUCCGGGAACCUGGAACAGUUGCUAGACAGUAACCUGCAUUUGCCCUGGACUGUGAGGGUGAAACUAGCCUAUGACAUAGCAGUGGGUCUCAGCUACCUUCACCUCAAAGGCAUUUUUCAUCGGGAUCUCACAUCCAAGAACUGCUUGAUAAAAAGAGAUGAGAAUGGUUACUCUGCAGUGGUGGCUGACUUUGGCCUGGCUGAGAAGAUCCCUGAUGUCAGCACGGGGAGUGAGAAGCUGGCUGUGGUGGGAUCUCCUUUUUGGAUGGCACCGGAGGUUCUGAGAGAUGAGCCCUAUAACGAAAAGGCGGACGUGUUCUCUUAUGGUAUCAUCCUCUGCGAGAUCAUCGCCCGCAUCCAGGCUGAUCCGGACUAUCUUCCCCGCACAGAGAAUUUCGGGCUGGACUAUGACGCUUUCCAGCAUAUGGUGGGAGACUGUCCCCCAGAAUUCCUGCAGCUCACCUUCAACUGCUGUAACAUGGACCCCAAACUGCGCCCAUCCUUUGUGGAGAUUGGGAAGACCCUCGAGGAAAUUCUGAGCCACUUACAGGAGGAAGAACCAGAGGACAGAAAGCUGCAGCCCACAGCCAAGGGACUCCUAGAGAAAGUACCUGGGGUAAAGCGACUAAGCUCACUGGAUGAUAAGAUCCCUCACAAGUCACCACGCCCAAGCCCAAGACGUACUGUUUGGCUAUCUCGAAGCCGUUCAGACAUCUUCUCUCAUAAACCCCCACAUACAGUGAGCGUCUUGGACCCUUAUUACCGGCCACAGCGAGAUGGUGCUUCCCGCAUCCCCAAAGUCAACCCCUUCAGUGCACGCCAGGACCUCAAGGGUGGCAAGAUCAAGUUAUUUGACCUGCCAAGCAAGUCUGUCAUCUCCCUGGUAUUUGACCUGGAUGCACCAGGGCCUGGAACCAUGCCCCUGGCUGACUGGCAGGAACCUUUCGCUCUACCAGCUCGUCGGUCAUGUUCUUUGCCUGGUUCGCCUGAGUUCUUGCAUCGAGAGGCCUGUCCAUUUGUGGGCCGAGAAGAAUCGCUAUCUGAUGGGCCCCCACCACGCCUCAGUAGUCUCAAGUACAGAGUAAGAGAGAUCCCACCAUUCCAGGCAUCUGCUCUACCAGCUGCUCUGGCCCAUGAAGCCAUGGACUGCUCCGAUCCCCAAGAAGAAAAUGGUUUUGGGCCCAGGCCCCAAGGGACCAGACCAUGCCAUGGAGGUGCCUCUGAAGAGAUGGAGGUAGAACAACGGCCAAGAGGCUUGGCUCCAGGACCCCUCCCUGUCUCAAGCAUGGGCCUGAAAAGCCAGGGAGAGCAGGAUGCAUGAGGGGGCUUAGUCCCUGUCUCACCUUGGGGAUGAACCUUCAGCUGAAGCUGUAGGGCCUCCUUGGUGCCCAGCCUCUACCCUUCCCCACAGCCCAUAGAGCACCAGGCUAGGCUAAGCCAGACUCAACUACUGAACUCCCAAAACCCAAAGGCUGUGUAGGAAGGGAGGCAGCAGUGAGAGGUGUUCCUAGUUAGGGCCAACAGCUGAUACCAAGCCUCUGAAAUCCAGCAAGGAGCUCUGGUUCCCACCUGACCUUCCAGUAUACUUCCCCACAUAGGACCAGGACUCCUAAUUCUAGGCUAAGCUGGCAGGCAGUUAUUACCCCAGUUCAUCCAUCCGAGGUCUUGCUCCUCCUUGGGGCACAUAAGCUACUGGAUGGAACCUGGAACUAACCAGAUGGCCAUAAAGGCCAUGACUGUUUCUCAGACUGAAGACUGGGGUGCUUCUUGCCAGUACGUCUAAGACACUUGAAUAAUUGCUGUUUGCACUUACUGCAUGAUCAGACCACAUCACUACAUUUCUAUGCAAUGGGAAGGCAAGACGGCAUGGUGGUCAUGGCUCUUAGCUAACCUAUUCAAAGAUCUUUUCCAGUUGAUUAGUCUAUUUCUGUAUUUAUAACGGAGUCUUAAUGUUCUGCCUCAUAAGACUUUCAACCUUUUGGUUGGGAGUGGGGCUGGUUAUGUAGGCCCCAGGGCCUGCUCUAUGUAUUUGUCAAUAUGUGAUACAGCCAGUUGGUUAAAUGGUUUAUACAUAGACUGAUUUUCUUCCCUUCCUGCU